CAAUGUAGCUUCAAAUUUAGAAAUUCCGAAUUUAGUAUAUUCCCAACUUCAAAUCCCAUAAAAAUAUGAAAUUAGUCAUCCAAUGGCUGGCCAGCAUGAGCGCUGGCUUCUUGCUGAGCACCAACACCAUGCGCUUCUUUAAGGUGGCCAAUGAGCAGGAGGAUGCGUACAUAGCCGCAGGCAUGGAGGCCUCGGCAGUGGAGAAACUGGAUGAGAACGAGCCAUAUAUAAUGGGAUCGGAGCAGCUCAAUUCAGCAUUGCAAUAUAUUUUCAGCAGCGAUGGCAACGAUGCGGACUAUCCACAAUUUAUGGGUUACAAUAGCGAAGCGAAUUAUGCCUUGGGCUCGGAGUCACUCAAUCGCAUGCUCGAGGAAAUGCAAACACCCAAAGAUGGAGGCGACAAUGCCAAGUUGCCGCACUUGGAGCCCGCCAUACAGCUUUAAUACAGCUAAUUUUAAUACUGGAGAGUAAUUCAUUCGUCAUAUUUGCCUAAAUAGUAAACAUUAAAGCUUGUAAAUUAAAUUUAACAACAUGUCA